ACUCUUCCAACUUGUUUUUUUCAGUCUAUGUAGUCAUAUAUUCCAUUCUGUUCUGUUGCUCUGUUUGCAUGUCUCUAACAUCUCUCUCUCUGUCUCUCUCUCUAUAUAUAUAUAUAUUAAUUCAAUGAUAACAGACAAUCAACUUUCCCCAAUCACUCUCUCUCCUUCUGCCUAUAGGACACAUAUUCUUUCCACAUAUAAAUAAAUAGUUCUGAAUUUCAAAAAGCACAAAAAAACAGUCUUGAAACCUUGAAAACCCAAAAAGAAUCUCUGUCAACUCUGCUUUUGCUUCAGUUUUAAUCUCUCUCGAUUCGGCAAUUGUUUCUACUGUGAAAAUGAUUGUCGAUCAAAGUUUUGAUGAACCUAAUGAUCGGUUUCCGAUGGGGAUGCGAGUACUGGCGGUCGACGAUGACCCCAUUUGCCUCAGGGUUUUGGAGACUCUGCUUCGUAAAUGCCAGUACCAUGUUACGACAACCAGUCAGGCGAUCACAGCACUGAAGGUGUUGCGAGAAAACAAAAACAAGUUUGAUUUGGUUAUCAGCGAUGUCCAUAUGCCCGACAUGGACGGUUUCAAGCUGCUCGAGCUUGUGGGGCUUGAAAUGGACCUACCUGUCAUAAUGUUAUCUGCAAAUGGCGAUACCAAGCUUGUCAUGAAGGGCAUCACCCAUGGAGCUUGUGAUUAUUUGUUGAAACCUAUCCGAAUUGAGGAGCUAAAGAACAUCUGGCAACAUGUAGUUAGGAGAAAGAAAAAUGAUCCCAAGGAUCAGAACAAUUUUGACAAACCUCAUCAUGAAAGUGAAGGAGGACAAGCGAUCACAGUGACAGGGGAUUCUGAUCAGAAUAGUAAGCUCAACAGAAAACGAAAAGAGCAGAAUGAAGACGAGGGUGAUCGUGCUGACGAUGGACAAAAUAACGAGGAUCCAUCAAUGCAGAAAAAACCUCGGGUAGUUUGGACAGUGGACUUGCACCGCAAAUUUGUUGCAGCUGUUAAUCAAUUGGGCAUUGACGAGGCCGUACCUAAAAGGAUUCUAGACAUGAUGAAUGUGGAGAAGUUGACUAGAGAAAAUGUGGCAAGCCAUCUACAGAAAUACCGGCUUUAUCUAAAAAGGAUUAGCUGUGUAGCAAGUCAACAAGCUAAUAUAGUUGCAGCUUUAGGCGGCGCAGAUUCUGCCUAUUUGCAAAUGAGUUCUCUGAACGGAUUUGGAAAUUAUCACAGCAUGGUUGGUUCUGCAAAGUUUCAGAAUCCUACUGUUGGGUCGUUCUCGUCUAGUGGAAUGUUGGAUAGAUUGAACACUCCAGCUGUUCUAGGUUCAUGUGGCCUAUCUUUGACAGGAAUGAUUCAGAGUAAGUUCCAGCCAGUUAUACUAUCUGGAAAUCAAAAUGGCAAUACAUUUCAAGGAAUGCCAACAUCACUGGAAUUUGAUCAACUACAACAUAACAACGGUGUCGAGCACUUUGGUGAUCUAUCCACUGGUACUAAUGACUCAAUGGUUUUCCCCAUUUCCGGUGACUUCUUAGAUACAAACAUAAAUGGUAGUUCCUCAAGAAACUCUCUUCAUGGUGUCCCUUACAACCCUGUGACUUUACAAGGGCACCCUCAACCUCAAGAAAUUGAAAGGAGGGGAGUAUGUGGAAAUCAAUCUCGUGUCAGUGUGGAAGAAUUUCCUUCACAUUUGCCAGAUUUUGCUAGAUGUACUGACACUUGGCCUGCUAUUCAGUCUUCUGAGAUCCAAUCAAAUUCUUUUACAUCUAGCGACUUUAGAAUCAAUAUGUCUUCAAUAGCCAUGGAUGGUUGGAGUAAUUCUCAUGAUAUUUCUUCCGUUAAUUCAACAAAUGCACAAUUUCCGGAGUUGAGAACAGAUUUAAAAUGCCUAGCAACCCCGGGACUUGGAAGUAAUGGUGAGCAAAGAAUGAAUUAUGGCAUGAAAUCAGGGUGGGAUCACAAUAAGCUGGAUGCAUCUCACAACCCUAAUCUUAUGCAUAGCCCGAUGAACUCUCUGAUCCCUCAUGGUGUUAUGAAUUCAUCCAGCCAGAGGUCGGAUCCCAUGAACGCGGUGGGCAAUAGAAAUAACGAUUUCAGAAUGAUUGGACAACCAAACCUUGUUGAUCAUCACUUGUCAAUGCAGCGUAAUGGGGUUGAACAAUCAGCCAUGGAGGCAACAGUAAACAUAAAGCAAGGAUACUCUUAUAAUAACGAUGACUCCUUGGAAGAUCUAGUGAGUGCAAUGAUGAAACAGGAAAAUAUAAGAGAUGGAGACUUUGGAUGUGAAACACACUCACUUGGGACUUGCAUAUGAAGAUAUAUAUAAAUAUAGAUGUUAGCUACUAACACCAAGCAAAAUAGUGUUUGAUGAGAGUUUAUGCUAUCAAGUAAUUUGUAGUUAAUUUGUUCUUGAUAUGUAAUCAGCAGAUUUGCAGGACUGGAUUUCAUAUUUGAAUGAGCCCCUCUAUCUUUCUUACUGA